GAUUUAUUCAACCAAGAAAUAGUCAAGUUCAAAAAGAAUGAAGGUCAUAUUUCCCAAACGUUGAAGGAAACAAGGAGCUUCAUCACUGAUUUGGAGGCAAUUGAAAAGCAAUUGGAACAACUGGAGGAUGAAGAUGAUGAUGAAGAAAUUUACAAUCAAUUGAUAACGAAGGCAAAUAAUCAUCAUAUUUCAUGGGAGGAGAAAUUGAGACAGAAUCUUAAAACAACAAAUUCAAAUCUAAACAAGUUUAGUAAAAAUAUAUUGGAUAAAAUUUAUGAAUUUGAAUUGAAUGAUGUUUAUAUUUAUAAGAUUGAUAAGACUUCAACAAAUUUGAAAUUGAUUGAUAAUGCUAUAAAAUUACAUUUGAUACGGAAUGGAGAUUUGAAUAUAAUUGAUCAAGAUGAAUAUAAAGAUGAUGAUGUUGAGAAAGGUGAUGAUCCAAGAAUUGAUUUGAAUCUAUUGAGUAAAUUUACAGAGAUGAAUCAUAUUUUGAAGAAAAUGCUGAAUGAAAGGGAUUUAGGAGAUGCUAUACAAUGGGCUAUUAAGAAUGAAGCUGUGCUAUUAACACAAAUGGGAUCUGAUUUGGAGUUUAAUUUACAUAAAUUACAAUUUUUGGAAUAUUAUAAUUCGGGUGAGAUUUUUAAAGCUUAUCAAUAUGGUAAACAAUGGUUCCCAAAGUUUAUUAAUACAAAUAGUGAGAAUUUGCAAAGUGUUUCAAAAUUGAUUUCAUCGAUAUUAUUUGAUUCGAAAGAUGAAUCAUCACCAUAUUAUAAAGAAAAUCAAUUAUCAAAUUCAAAUUUCCAAGAGAUUGGUAUAUUAUUCUCCAAGAAAUUUUGUUCAGUUAUUGGAUUUUCAUUUGAAUCUUCAAUUUUCAUGAUUUUAUUAUGUGGAUACAUUUCAUUUCCAACUUUUUUAAAAUUUGUCAAGAUUAAAAAUUUAAAUAAUAAAUUAGAUUGGACAAGUCAUAAUGAAUUACCAUUUGAAAUCAAUUUACCAGAUUUUUUGAAAAAAUUCCAUCCAAUCUUCAUAUGUCCAGUUUCAAAAGAGGAAACUACAAUGGAGAAUCCUCCAAUGGCAUUACCAUGUCAUCAUAUCAUAUCUAAACAAAGUUUGAACAAAUUAAGUAGAAAUGGGGGAAGUUUCAAAUGUCCAUAUUGUCCAACAUCAUCUAUUCCUUCAAAGGCAAAACAAGUACACUUUGGAAAUAUAUAAUGAUGACACCUAUAGCUAAUGAAAUUGAUGAUACCUAAUUUUCCAAACUCUAUUGUAAAUGUUACGCGUUUUCAAACGUCAAGGAAAUCGGAGGCAACAAGCAACUCCAAGGCCAUUUCUGUGGGUAUGUUGAACUCUGGGAUAUCGUCAUCGCCUCUAUAUUUGAGAUUGUAGUAUAAAUAUUCAACAACUUUACCUAAUAAACGGCCAUCCAUUUCUUGUAAUUUGAUCUUUCGUUCUUCAGUUUCUCUAAAUGUGGAGCUCAGCAUGUUUUUCAACGUUCCAGAAGCCAUUGCUGCCUUUUUGCGGAUGAUGAAUUCGAACCCAUCGGAUGAGACUAAAGU